UCAACCGUUUUCAUUAAAAGCCACCAGUCAUAAACAACUAGCAAACCGCAGCAUAUAUCAUAUGUGUUUGUGACCAGGGGCAGACUGACAACUCAUGGGGCCCCUGGGCAAUAGGGAUCAUGGGGCCCCUGUGUCCUUGCCCAAACUCAAAAAAGCCUAUGAAAAAGGUACCAGGGGCAUCUCAUGGGGCCCCCUACUGAACCCAGGCCCUCAGGCAGUGCCCGAGUUUCCAAAUGGUCAGUCCGCCCCUGUU